UGGGUCGCGCCUCUCGGAAGGUCCAGCGCCGGCCCCGCCCUCGGCUUCCUCCGGGGCAGCGGGCGCGGAGCAGCGCGGCGAUGGAGGUUUCCAUCUUAGGGCCAGAUGGAGCCUCAUACAGCCCUGACCUUGGGCUUGGUGCCCAGGCAGGGAACGAGUUGGAGCGAUGCCAGAGGCAGGCGGACGAGGUGACGGAAAUCAUGCUCAACAACUUCGACAAGGUCCUGGAGCGUGACGGGAAGCUGGCAGAGCUGGAGCAGCGUUCAGACCAACUCCUGGACAUGAGUUCAGCCUUCAGCAAGACAACCAAGACCCUCGCCCAGAAGAAGCGCUGGGAGAAUAUCCGCUGUAGGAUCUACAUGGGGCUGGCGGUGGCAGGUGGCCUACUCAUACUUUUGAUUGUACUGCUGGCCAUCUUUCUCCCUCAGAGCAGUGGGGACAGCAGUGCCCCACAGGCCCAGGACACAGGCAUUGCCUCAGGGCCUGGGGACUGACACAGCAGGCCUGGGGGAGAGGCUGAAGGGCUUCAGUGGUCAGCUCUGGUCUCCAGAGAACCCUGGUGUUUGUCCCCUUCUGAGCCACCCCAGUGACACCAAAGGGCAACCCUGAGACGUGCACCACUGCACCUCCCAUCUUGCCACAGACUGGUGCUCAGUGGCAGCUUGCCGCACCAGCAAUACCAGGCCAGUCCCACUGGAGCUCAGUAAAAGCCACUGUCUGGCUAAAAGCU